CGACGACUUGACUCUCUCUCUCUCCCCCCAUCCCAUGAGUCAUGUUCACAGUUCUCUCUCUUUCCUUUUGUUGGGGUUUUCACUUUUCCAUUAAUUAUUCUCACCCAGCUAUAAACGCCCAUCUUCUAUUCCCCUCAUUUUUUGCUUUCCCUUUACUGUUUCCUCUCUCUCUCUCUCUGGUUUCCUCCAUUGCAAACCAAGCUUUCUUUCCAGCUCUACUCCACAUUCACUCAACCCACCAAACCAUUUCACCCACCUCUUCUUUUCUCUGAUCUCUCUCUCUCUCUCUCUCCCCCCCCCCCCCCCCCCCCCCUUUCACAUUCUCUCUCUGAUUACACUUUCUUCCUACAUUUGCCCUUCAUAGAUUAGCCUUUUGUCUGGCCUUAUUUCUUCACUUAUUCUAUUGCUUUCUCAAUUCUUUCUUUUUUUCUUUUAGGCCCACUGUUGGCCAUACCCUUCUGCUUCUAAACCACUCCUCUUCAACUGCUAACUUUCUCCUGGGUUUCUUGUGUUUUUUUCUGGUGGGGUUUUGUUAUAUUUCAUUCCAACUCUUCACAUUGGUCUCUCUACGGUCUCUGUUGGUUCAAAGAUAGGCCCUUUGUUUGGUUCUUAGGGUUCUCAAAGAAGAAAGAUCAAGGGUUAGGUUUAGAAUUUGGAUAACUGCAAGGGUGGAAAUUGUUUCAUCAUAUCGGAGUACCAGGGUCACCCAGAAAUGUCAUCGGGGAGUUUAAAUGCAGAGUUGUCGACGAAAACUUCAUUUUUGGGUCUAAAACUAUGGGUUGUGAUUGGUAUUUGUGUUGGUGCAUUCAUAAUUCUCAUUCUAUGUAUCUUAGCUUUAUGGGUCACCCUUCGGAGAAAAUCUAAAAGGACCCUAGACAAGUAUCCACUUACCCUAAUACCCAAUGUCUCGAAAGAUAUCAAGGUCGAUAGAGUUGGGCGUCAAAACUCCCUUGAUGAUCCGGAAAGCUUAUUCCUUGCGGUUAAUGAUAAAUCAAGCGAUAAGAAUUCCGAAAAGAUGUUAGUUCAUUUGGGUACAAGCAUGUCAGGCGAUGCCGAUAAUAUAAGCCAAUGUAGCUCAGUUUAUCAUCAAGAGAGGGCGUGUAGUUCACAAUCAGGGGAAAGUUCUGGAACAAUCCGGAAACAGUCUUCACUUCCAUAUGGACUACCAAUGGCCUCUCCUUUAAUUGGACUGCCGGAAGUCUCGCAUCUUGGGUGGGGUCACUGGUUUACUCUUAGAGACCUUGAUCUUGCGACGAAUCGUUUCUCAUCGGAGAACAUUCUUGGCGAAGGUGGCUAUGGAGUUGUUUACAAGGGGAAGCUCGUCAAUGGGACUGAGGUGGCAGUCAAGAAGCUUCUCAACAAUCUGGGGCAGGCAGAGAGAGAAUUUAGGGUUGAAGUGGAGGCUAUAGGUCACGUUCGACACAAGAAUCUUGUGCGGCUCCUUGGCUACUGUAUAGAAGGAGUUCACAGAAUGCUGGUCUAUGAAUAUGUUAAUAAUGGCAACUUGGAGCAGUGGCUUCAUGGUGCUAUGCGCCAAUAUGGUAACUUUACAUGGGAAGCCCGAAUGAAGGUUCUUCUUGGUACUGCUAAGGCGCUUGCAUAUUUGCACGAAGCAAUAGAACCAAAAGUUGUGCACCGUGACAUAAAAUCUAGCAAUAUCUUAAUUGAUGAUGAGUUCAAUGCCAAGGUUUCUGAUUUUGGAUUGGCCAAGCUCUUGGAUUCAGGAGAAAGUCAUAUAACCACCAGAGUUAUGGGAACAUUUGGUUACGUGGCACCAGAAUAUGCUAAUACUGGGAUGUUAAAUGAAAAGAGUGAUGUUUAUAGUUUUGGUGUUCUCUUGCUUGAGGCAGUAACAGGAAGGGAUCCUGUUGAUUAUAAUCGGCCUGCUAAUGAGGUUAAUCUUGUUGAGUGGCUUAAAAUUAUGGUAGGAAACAGAAGAGCUGAUGAAGUUGUGGAUGAAAACCUUGACGUUAAACCUGCAACACGUGCCCUAAAGCGUGCCCUUCUGGUUGCUUUAAGGUGUGUUGAUCCAGACUCAGAGAAACGGCCCAAAAUGAGUCAGGUUGUUCAAAUGCUUGAAGCCGAUGAAUUCCCUUAUCGCGAGGACCGGAGGAACAGGAGAAGCCGCACUGCAAGCAUGGAAAUUGAAUCGGCCAUAAAGGAGAGUUGCGAUUCACCUAUUACUGAUCAAAGCAGGGUAGAACAAUCUGGGAGCCAUUCAUCUGAUCAGAUGACUCGGGCAUAGGUAUGACCCUGGUGGAGAUUAUGCCUCAUCACCCCUUGACUUUUGGAAAAAAAUUCGGUAAUCCUCGAGUAGAUCAAACUACAUUUUCAUGUUACUUUUUGGAGAAAUUUAUGCAGGUCAUAGAGCAAUUGGAUGUGGAUUAGCCCAUUGGAAAUUCUUGAACCAUUAGAGGUUGUUUUUCGGUUUUUUACUAACUUCUCCCGCAUAUGUGAACAAAAUGAUGGAUAAGCACAACAAAGUAGAUGAUGUAUAGGUGUUUUUGGAGAGGAUGGUCUUUCUUCUAUUUAUGAUAUUAUUAUUAUC